UAAUCCAUCCAUCAUCAAUCAUAAUCAUAAUCAUCAAUCAUCAUUCAUUUUGUCGCAUUUUGUUGGAAUUUAUUUUUAAUAAUCGUGUAAUUCUGUAUUUUUGGCAAUCCUCUUCGAGUCUUCGACGUUUCGACGCUCAUUAGAAGCACUAAUGGUCGGCACAGUUUGACAGAUUCUGAGCAAUAUUCGCAAUGGUUCUUCGGUCUCCGUCUCCAGGUCCAGGUAUUUCUAAAUGUACACAGAUCGCAGAUCACUUUUUCGGCCACCACCGCAGUGAUGGAAGACGCCAAAGACCUACACCGGGAGCAGAAUUGCGAUGCAGUUUGCCGGUAUAAUAUUAUCCUGAUGAGAAUGACCAUAGACAACACUCGUCGCAUAGCCACACGUCUUGAAUAAUUUGCAGACGCGAUAUGAUACAGAUCGAAAAGAAAGUCUACCGUUGGAACCAUACCAUCAUUAGUACCUAAUUCGUAGAAAAGUACGCAAAUAUGUGUCAGUCAGUGACUGAUGAAGGUAGUUAUACCGCGAUGAUGAGUUCUUCGAGUAUGUACUUGCGUAUGUGUUCGAUCGAAGACGAAGACGAAGACGACGACGCCGUUACAAAUCGUACAGAUUUGGUGUUUGUAGUAAAUCUACAUCAUGGAGGUACAACAGAUUACAUCCAGUAUGAAAUGGUUCCAAAAACAACCAUCAGAUACACCUCGACUGUUGAGUUUGUCUUCUCUAAGAUACGAAUCAGAAAUCGAAGAAGGAUCGUCACAUAAUACCUCCACAGUGUCCAGAAUAGACUCGUCUCCAGCAAGCACCAGAAGCUACGAUCAUUUCGACGAAACGAACGAACAAAACGUUAAGAAAUACAACGUGCGCGAAAACCGCAUCACUAUCGAGAAUGGCGCCGAAUGGAGCCCCGAAAACACGACGACGAUGGUUCGUAAAAACCGAGAAAUGUACUACACCGCCUCAGCCAAAGAGAGACGCAACCCUCUUCUGGAGAAAGUGAAAAACACCAAGCUGACGUGCUUCAAGUCGCAGCAAUUCAAUCCUGCAUUCUAUUCUGUGCCCGGCUCCGGGUCAGCGUACGAUGAUAACAGCAGCUGCCACAGCGAUUAUUCCGAUUCACGUACGAGUAUUCCAAACAGUGUUCAUAGUAUACCAAUUAGUCCUCAGAUGAGCUCCAGAUCGAGUUCGAGAUCCGAUUGGGCGGAUUUGGUCAACGAUUCUACACGAAGUCCCCGAAAUAUCCGCCCCUAUCAGUCACAGCCACAGUCUCCAGAUGCCUCAUCCUGGCAGACCGAAUAUGCUUCUAUCAACGAUCCAGAUCCGGAUACCAUCAAACAAGUGGAUAAUUUCUGCAUCUCUUCGAAACUAAGAGCGAUCUCAGAUAAAUACUUGAAGUCGUCCACCAAUAAAAUACUCGCCAAGUUGUACCGUAGCAGCAACACCACCAAUGGCAAUAACGAUAAACAAACCUCGGUCGACGAGUCGAAUAAAAAUUGCGCCAAUAAAAGGGCCAACGUUAAAGAACUAAAGAAAUUACGCAGCUUUUCGUACGGCCAGUUACCGGGUAUUAGCGAAUUUCGCCAGUUUCACGAUAUCUGCGACGAUCAAAAAGAUACCUCUUUGGAUUGCAACUCGGAUUCGGUCUCGAAUAUUGUCACCGAUCACGAAAGCGAAGAUUGCGACAGUGGAAUUCUAGUAUCGAGUAAUUCUUCUGUUGUGGAUAGCUGUGCUGGAGGGUCAACUCCGGCUACAGGGGGUAAACCCGGAUGCCAUUUUCGUAGCGCUUCGCAAGAUACCCCUGUGCAGAGUAACGACUCGUCUCCCACCGAAUUGGCACCAACUAAUAGUGCUGCCAAAGAUGAAGAUAAGUUGGAGUUGACCGAUAGACAGAAAAGACGACAGCGAAUGGUCCAUAAUGAAGAUGCGUUGCAGUAUGAUCCUCCUUUACCUGAGUUACCUCCUAAGAAUAAUCCGUUCUUGGCCAACGUUUGUAGAAAUUCUCAUGUCAUCGACUUGACCAGAGACGAUGUCGAUGAGGAUGUUGGUAUCGUUGUCAGACAUAUUAGAACUCCGCAGAAUCGAGAAGCCUUCAUCGUUUGCGAUAUUGUGCCUGGGAGCGUGGCUCAUAGGAAAGGAGACCUAAAGAUAAACGACGAAAUAGUCAACAUUAACGGCUACCACCUAAACAGCUUAUCGUUGAACCAAGUCGUCCAGUUAUUAAAUCAAAGAUGUCGCGAUGUCAUGAUCGUCAUCGUACGCACAUCGUAUAAAAAUCGAACAAAUCGCAUCGAUCCCCCUGAAAGUGUCAUAGAUUACGAGAAUUUCACCGGAGAUAACCCCGCCGCUGGAAAUCCAACCACCAAAGAGAAAUUCCGCAAGAAUAAUUGUCAUUACCAAAAGCAUUCAGCCGGCAGUGCCAAAUUAGCCAGAAGAAGCAUGGUGUGUAAUGAUAAACAAAGUAUUGGCGGUGGAGUCGAGUAUCGAGAAUACGAAAAGUACAAAGCCCCCAGUACGAAUACGGAGAACUUCUGUACGUUGCCAAGGAGACCUAAGUCGGUGAUGUGCGCAUUUUUCACGUUCGUUUUCGAAAAAGGUCCCGGAAAGAAGUCUCUCGGGUUUACCAUCGUCGGUGGUAAAGAUUCGCCUAAAGGUGAAAUGGGUAUCUUCGUCAAGAGCAUAUUGACCCAUGGGCAGGCUGCUGAAGAUGGUCGUCUGCAAGAAGGAGACGAAUUAUUAGCCAUAAAUGGACAAGCGUUGGAUGAGUUCACGCACUCUGAAGCUUUACAAUUGUUCAAGUCCAUCAAACAAGGACCGAUUGUGUUGCAUAUUUGUAGAAGGCUGAAAAUUAAGAAUAAUUCCGCAAGAGUGAGAUCGUGUUCGAAUUUACUGAAUGCCGUGAACAAUGAAAACUAAAGUAGUUUUUUUCUCAUCUUUUGAAUGGCAAAAGUGAUAAAUUCUAGUCUAUAAUUUAGUUUUACCUUAUAUAUAGAUUAGAAUACCCUCCUCGCUCUCGAGUAAGAUGUGUAAUUUAAAUAUCAAAAUUUUUCAUGUUUUCAAUUUUUUUCUUUUUUUAAUUUAUUAUUUUUUAGUCGACUUACGAUGUUAUACUUAAAAAAUUUUGCAAGUAUUUUAGAAAGGUUCAGUGUAUGAUUCUUUUUUGUUUUAUUUUUUUUUAUUUGAAUAAAUCAUUGAGAAGAUUUAAACAA